CGAGAUUGUUGUUGAACAGUGCCUCACCGAGGGAACUGCUCUUUUAAAAGUUUCAUUAAAAAAGCAACAACAAAAAGUCUUCAGGAUCGAUGCUGAUCAAGUCAACAUUGAAAGUAUCAAGGAACUUCUAAUUGGUGAAACAAUAAGAAGUUAUAGGGAUCAUUUCAAUCUUGAUGUGGAUUUUGAGCCUCGAUGGUUCACCAUCAUUUAUGUUGAUUUUGGAAACUAUAAAACUCUUCACUUAGUCGCUCCGACUUUAGAAUUAUUUAAUUUAUGGGUUAAUAAUUUGGAAAAAUUAUAUUUGCACAGAAGGAAUAUUAUAGGAGGGUUAGGUCAUUUGAGAAAACGGCAGCAUUUAUUGCUGGAGCAACAAUGGAAGCAGUCUGAUAAUGAUGGCAAUUCAAGAUUAGAUUUCGAUGACGUCACAAAGUUAUGUCGUCGUUUGAAUAUAAACAUGCCAAAGUCGCUGCGUAAAACAAAAUUUAAAGAAGCAGAUGAAAAAGGGGAUGGUCUGCUUGAUUUUACUGAUUUUCUGCGCUUUAUUAAGUUAAUUAAUAAAAGGGCUGAGCUAGAUAAACUAUUUAAUUCUCUGGCGAAAGAGCGCAUAAAUACAUUGACACUUCGUGAAUUUAAAAAUUUCCUCGUCAAUGUUCAAAAAUGCGUCUUGAAAGAAGAAGAAUACGAUAAUUUGUAUUAUAAAUUUUGUGAUAAAGACCUCAAGGAGAUGAAUUUAGAGGGUUUUAGUUAUUUCCUCAUGUCUAGCGAUAACUGCAUUUUUACUCCGGAACACACCAAAGUUUAUCAAGACAUGACACAACCAUUAAGACUUCAACUGACAGGUGAAUCCUCAGUAGAAGCAUACAUACACGUGUUACAAAGAGGAUGUCGUUGUGUUGAAA